UUUUAUUUCAUCUUAUAAGGUAAAUGGUUGCUGCAUCCUGACUAUGUCACAGAAAGUGCCAGACAAGGCCACUGGCUCAGAGAAACAGAUUACGAACUCUCAAACUACGAUGAAGUGGCAAAAUAUUUCCGUCGGUUGAGAGAGAGAACUGGAAGAUUAAUCUAUGCUGGGUGGACCAUGUACAUAAGUCUGGAAAAUAAGAAGAUGACUAAAUUCUUUGAGAAGGUUGUAGCAGCUGGAGGUGCCAAAGUGGCAUCUUUGUCAGAGAUUUCAAAAGUGAAUCUGGUAAUCAGUGAUGCUGUGAUGGUAAGCAGUGCCAGGGUGUUGGUAGGAUGCUUCACUCCAGUUGUCAGCACCAGCUACGUCAAGGAUACUCUCAUACUGAAAGCCGACCCAUUAGACCUUCGACGUCAUGUACUUGAUUGCUCAGGGAACACCUUCAUCUCCAGGAAGUAUUAUGUUGAACAUCUGCACCAGAGUGAAGCAGCCAUCUGUUGAUAGCAAGGGAGUAAAUGCUGGACCACCUCUGAUUAGAGAAAGUGACUCUCCUGUUUACCUGAAAUUAACAAAAUAUAAUUUAAAGAAAGGCAUGGCAUCUGUAAUUAAAACUGAAUGUCUCAAUGAUAUACCUGUAUAUUGUGCUAACGUCUCCCAGUGUGUGAUGAGCGAGUCUCAGGAUGUUGCAACACUCGAUGAUACUGAGUGCUUGGACAGUGAUCAAAUGAUAUAUCCUUCUAAUCAUAUCAACAGUUCUUCAGAAAUUAGAGAACUAACCAGUUAUGAGACUUCAUAUUAUGAGGCAUGUACAGACCAAAACACAAAUGAAAAAGAAUUUAUUGUGCAAGGUUUGGAGGCCUUGUACCUGAACAUAACACCCUAUACUUAUCUUCCUACUGAGCUCUUUGCUGAUCUUUUGAAGAAAUUCGUUUUUGAGGUAAGAUAUAUUUCUUGUAUAAAGUAUAAGUGCAGUAAUUCAUGUUGAUUUAUCCAAAUGUUGUAUAGGCCUUCCAUUUUCCUCUCACUUCUGACGUUCUUGCUUCAACUUCUCUCCUCCAUCAGUCCCACUUGAAUUCAGUUUGAUUCUUAUGUAUAAUUUCUUGACUGACACUGAUUUACUGCAUCAGCUGUGAGACCCAUGUGCUAUUUCAGUGUCCUCCUCUUCUCUACCUCCACCAUCUCUGCUGUCUAGUGUUGAAUGACUUAUGUGAAUUUGGAUAUUUU